UACUGCUAUACGUUUUCACUUGCUCAUACAGGAGAACACUUUAGCAUGAUUACAUUUAAAAUGCCUCCAAGUUAUAAGUCGAGUUUGAGAGGAUCUCUACCAUUUUUGUUUCUAUUUUUCCAAACAAUUUUUCUUUUAAUCUUUUUGUUUUUAAUUUCUACACAUUAUGCAAGUGGCACCAAAUAUAUCAAGCAAUAUCCAGAAUUCCAAGAUAUUAAUGUUAUGAUCAUCUUUGGAUUUGGAUUUUUGUUUGCAUUUUUGAAAAGGUUUGGAUUUAGCGGAAUUGGAUUCAACUUUCUAAUUGUAGCAUUUGGACUACAGUGGGCUGUUAUACUUGACACGUUUCUAUUUCAACAAGUUCGAAUUAUCAGUUUAACCAGUUUGUGCACAGGACUAAUGAGCGUUCUGCCAGUAUUAAUCUCAUUUGGGGCUGUCUUGGGAAAAAUGAAUCCAGUACAGUUGCUAAUGAUGGCUGCAGUAGAAAUACCGCUGUUUACUGCUAACAGAUACAUCAUGACAAAGUACCUCGCGAUUGCUGAACACCUUGGCAUGAUGCAUGCUCAUAUCUUUGGAGCCUAUUUUGGAUUAUCAGUCUCAUGGUUAAUCUCUUCACCUUCGCAAAGUAAUAUAUUCAACAAAGAAAAAGAACAAUCUUGUAAAACUUCAGAGUUGUUUUCCAUGUUAGGUGCUGUAUUUAUGUGGAUGUUUUGGCCCUCCUAUAACUCUGUGUUACUUCAAGAUAGAGUACAAAAACGUAACGCAAUCUACAACACUUACUUUGCCCUCGCUGUUAGUGCAGUUACUGUAUUUUCAGUGUCCCUUCUCAUGAAUCAAAAAGGAAAACUUAAAAUGAGCCAUGUCCGUAACGGCAUGUUGGCUGGAGGGGUUGCUAUAGGAUAUUCAGCUUUCAUGCUUCAGUAUCCUUGGAUUGCAAUGACCAUAGGAUUCUUUGCAGGGUUGACUUCAGCAAUUAGUCUCACAUACUUCCAGGGAACAUUGAAUACUGUUUCGUUAGUACAUGACACAUGUGGAGUUCAUUACAUUUUUGGGUUACCUGGUUUGCUUGGAGGGAUUGCCUACUCACUUCUAGUCAUAACUGCAGAUUACAACAGCAUUGAAAUACUGGGUUAUCAAGCAAUUGUUGGCAUUGGCUGUAUCCUUCUAACACUGGCUGUAAGUCUAGUCAGUGGACUCCUAACAGGUUUUCUUUUGAAAUGUAAAUUAUUCAGGCCACCCAGGGAACGAAAUUUCUUCCAUGAUCAACCGUUUUGGGAGUUUCCACAUUUGGCAUCUGGUUUCUAAAUAAGUGUGCGAGGCGAAGAUCACAUCCAGGAAAGUGUACAAGCGGAUUACUUGGCUCAUUGUGUAACACAUAAGCUUAGAUUUAAUAAAAAUAAAAAAUUAUUAUAUUUACAUUUUUCAACAUAGUGGUGAAGUAUAUUGGGCUGCUUAAUGUUACGCUUAAUUUCUUAUUCUUUGAAUAAUAUGCAUAUAAAGUAAAUAUAAACUUGCUGAGAAAUCCUUGUGUUUUGUAGUAUAUUAAUCAGGUGAUGUUAAAAAAUGUCUAUCUUAUGGAUAUAAAUACCGUGAUUUCACCCUCCCGUAAUUGAAUAUUACAUUAUAUAAAGCAUCAUUAUAGCAAUAUUGUAAUGGUACUGUAUUCAUAAGAGCACAUCUUCAAUAGAGUACCAGUUGCACUUGCAACAUCAUUAGCAGUUGAAGCACAGGAUACAGUAUCUACAAUCCCUUCAUUUUAAAUUCUGACCAUAGCUAAGAAGUAUAGUUAUGUGCAUUUAACCCUGUAUAGGGCUUCUA